AUGGCAUCGGCCGGCAUGGGAAGCAUGCGGUGCCUCGGGGCGUCACUCAGAGCUCGGCAGCUCUCACUGAGCUCAAGAGCGUUGCGACAGGGAUUCGCCUGUCGUUUCUAUUCUGCAGCUACCUCACCGAAGCCCGAGAAAUCAGCAUCAACAGUGACCAUCCGCGGAGAGACACAUCCCACAGAAAAGCCCUGGUUCAACGUGCCGCAAAACAUCGUCUCCAAGACAUCACGGCGCCUCCAUCUCCAGCCUGACCACCCCAUCUCCAUCACGCGGCAGAUCAUCCAGGCCAACUUCCCGGAGCCGACGUACAAGUACUACAACGAAUACAGCCCCGUGGUGACGACGCACCAAAACUUUGACUCGCUGGGGUUUCCCAAGGAUCAUCCCGGACGAGCCCUCAGCGAUACGUACUAUCUCAACGAGAAGCUGCUGCUGAGGACUCACACCAGCGCGCACCAGGCAGAGACUUUCCGGGCCAACGAGAGCGAUGGCUAUCUCAUCUCGGCGGAUGUGUAUCGGCGAGACGCCAUUGACCGAAGCCACUACCCAAUCUUUCACCAGAUGGAGGGCGCGCGGUCAUGGGACCGCAGCAAGGUGCCCAACGGCGACGUUGCGGCGGCGGUGCUGGAGGACCUCGAGCGACUACCCAAGCACGACGUCGUAGUGGAGGAUCCCAACCCGCCCAUGCAUCCCGAGCGAAACCCGCUGCAGGAGGCGCACCACUCGGCGGCGGAGGCUGAGGCGCUCGGCAAGCACCUAAAGAGGUCACUCGAGAACAUGGUGGUCGACAUCUUCACCAGGGCAAAAGCCGCGGCGAUCAAGGCGGACCCGGACUUUGUGGACGAGCCCCUACGGAUGCGAUGGGUGGAGGCGUACUUUCCCUUCACCAGCCCGUCGUGGGAGCUCGAGGUCUACUACGCGGGCGACUGGCUCGAGGUGCUGGGCUGCGGCGUGGUCAAGCAGGACAUCUACAUCAACGCGGGCGUGCCGUCGCAGCUGGGCUGGGCCUUUGGCAUCGGCAUCGACCGCAUCGCCAUGCUGCUGUUCAAGAUCCCGGACAUUCGGCUCUUCUGGUCCGAGGACCAGCGGUUCCUGUCGCAGUUCGCGGGCGUGUCGGCCAGCCUGGACACGCUCAAGCGCUUCGUGCCCUUCUCCAAGCACCCGCCCAGCCCCCGCGACGUGUCGUUCUGGCUCCGCUCGACGUCCGCGGCGGGCGGCAACGACAAGGCCGUCUUCCACGAGAACGACGUGAUGGAGCUGGUGCGCAGCGUGGGCGGCGACGAGGUGGAGAGCGUCAGCCUGAUUGACGAAUUCGUCCACCCCAAGACGGGGCGCAAGAGCGUGGCGUACCGCAUCGUCUACCGCAACCUGGAGCGCACGCUGACGGGGCAGGAGACGAACAACCUCCACGAGAGGGUGAGGCAAGCCUUGGUGAAUAAGCUCGGUGUUGAACUACGGUGA